UAGAGAAACAAACUCAGAAAAGGUGAAAGGUUGUGGGAAUGUGUCAAUUUGCUGGUCGCCGGUUGGCAAAGCGGUCUCUCGUCUCUUACUUUCAACUUUGACAGAAGCCCGCUGUAUUACACCCGAGGUCGGUGUAGCUAGAUCGAUAUCUUAAUUUAAUAAGCGGACAUGGCCAAGAAACGAAGAGAAAGACGAGAGGCCGAUAGUGUUUCGUCAGUAACGUUACACGAGGAACCGAAGACAACAUUUAACGAGGCACAAACCCUCAAAGAGACUCAAUACACUGGAGGGGGCUCAGCUCGCAUGUCUCUCCUCAUCCUGCUGUCUGUCUUCACCUGCGCUGCUUCUGUCAUGUACCUAGUGUACAGGAAUUUCCCAGAGCUCAACGAUGAUGAGAUGGCUACUAUUAAAAUCCCCAAAGAUAUGGAUGAUGCCAAAGCCUUGGGCACUGUACUUUCCAAAUAUAAGGACACCUACUACACCCAAGUGUUAGUAGCCUACUUUACCACCUAUAUCUUCCUCCAGACAUUUGCGAUCCCUGGAUCCAUCUUCCUCAGUAUCCUGUCUGGUUAUCUCUACCCCUUCCCCCUGGCUCUUUUCCUCGUCUGCCUGUGCUCUGGCCUGGGGGCUUCCUUCUGCUACAUGCUGUCUUAUCUAGUGGGGCGACCAGUGGUCUACAGAUACCUGACAGAGAGAGUCCAGAAAUGGUCCCAGCAGGUUGACAAGCACAGAGAUCAUCUCAUCAAUUACAUCAUAUUUCUGAGGAUCACUCCCUUUCUCCCCAACUGGUUCAUCAACAUCACCUCACCCAUCAUCAAUGUGCCUUUGGGGUUCUUCUUCCUUGGUACUUUCUUUGGAGUGGCCCCACCGUCCUUCGUGGCGAUCAACGCUGGUACAACACUGUACAAACUGACGACAGCUGGGGAGGCAGUGUCCUGGAACUCUCUGAUUGUGCUAGGUGUCCUGGCCAUACUCUCUAUCCUGCCUGUCUGCUUCCAGAAGAAACUGCAGCAGAAGAUGGAGUAGGCCCGAGACAACUCAUCUGCCUGCCUGAUCCCCCAGCCCAUCCCUUGGCUCAGGAAUGGUACACCCCGCUGUCACUCACAUAGUCCUGCCUGUUGCUGUCCCACACACCUGCUGAGGUUGCUGUGGAAACAUUGCUGUUGGCCCAACCCUGACUCCUGUGUCCAAAACAUGUGGUGGUGGCCACCUCAACUUUGUGCUCUACAAAGGACUAACUGGCCUCUGCUCAUCCUCGGGUUUGUUCUCCCAUUUUUGUUAAAUGUUGCUUGCCUGUAAAACGAUUUAAGGAAGGAUACAGAAAACAUCAGGCAUCUGUCUUUAUUGUUUUAAUCACAAUUGUUCUCACAAGUUCAAGCUACACUUCCCUCCUUUGUAUUUCUUGAACCAUGUUUUGAAUUGAUUUAAUCUCUUAACCUGUGUGAUAUGGGUGACGUCAAAGCAAUACUGAUCAGAGUCGCAGUUUAGUGUUUUUGAUUUUCACAACAUUUUAGGACUAUUGUUAUGAAUGUUUUAUACACUGGUUAGAAUGUGAGCAUAUUAAAUCAUUUAGAAUGUUCUAUCAUUUCAAGAUAUUGUUAACACACCACCCUAAAAUGAUCUGUGUGCCAUCAAUGUUGACAUGAAAAAUAUGCAUAUGAACACAUAGUAAGAUAAAUAUGAAACUCUUGAUGCUUUUGUUGAGCCUAUCAGUAAACAUAUGAAACGGCAUAUCAAGUAUUGAAAACUAGUGUUUUGUAUAAUAUUAUUUUAUAUUUGUUCUACUAAUGGUGCUGAGACUCCCUCUCUGCCUUUGUGCUCUCCCUCGUGUGUCACCAGUCCAAAUGUUCUGCCAGUUGAGAAAUGCAGUAGUGGAUGACCCAGCAGUGCCCUUUGCAAAGUUACCAAUUUGAUUUUUGGUUGUUCAUGCUUUUCCCAGGUGUUAGUGAUUUCACACUGCUACUUCAUGUACAGUGCCUUCAGAAAGUAGUCGCACCCCUUGACUUUUUCAUAAUUUUGUUGUGUUACAAAGUGGGAUUAAAAUGGAUUUAAUUGUAA